AUGGCCGAGGGCGGCGGCGCGCGGCGGAGGGCGCCGGCGCUGCUCGAGGCGGCGCUCGCUCGCUACGAAAGCCUGCACAUCUCGGACGACGUGUUCGGGGAGUCGGGCCCGGACAGCGGCGGCGGGAACCCCUUCUACAGCACCUCGGCCGCGUCGCGCUCCUCGUCGGCCGCCUCCUCCGAGGACGAGCGCGAGCGCCCAGGCGAGCGCUCCUGCCCGCCCCGGCCCGAGGCCGCCCAGCCCCAGCCGCGCGCCCACGACGCCCCCGGGCUCGCCGAGGACGAAGCCCGGGCGGGCUGGAGCGCCCAGCUGUGGGACCGCCCGUCCCCGCUCUUCCAGGACACCGGAGGUCCUACAAGAAAGAUGCCCCCCACUGCCAGUGCUAUGGACUUCUUCCAGCUCUUUGUCCCUGACAACGUCCUCAAGAACAUGGUGGUGCAGACAAACAUGUAUGCCAAGAAGUUCCAGGAACGGUUUGGGAGCGACAGCAACUGGGUGGAGGUUACACUCAUGGAAAUGAAAGCAUUUCUGGGCUACAUGAUCUCCACGAGCAUAUCCCAUUGCGAGUCAGUCCUCAGCAUCUGGAGCAGUGGUUUCUACAGUAACAAGAGUCUUGCCCUUGUUAUGAGCCAGGCCCGCUUUGAGAAGAUCCUCAAGUACUUCCACAUCGUGGCCUUCCGCUCCAGCCAGACUACACAUGGCCUCUACAAGGUCCAGCCCUUUCUUGACUCUCUACAGAGCAGCUUCAACUCAGCCUUCAGGCCUUCCCAAACCCAGGUGCUACAUGAACCCCUGAUCGAUGAGGACCCUGUGUUCAUUGCCACAUGCACAGAAAGAGAACUGAGAAAGAGGAAAAAGCGGAAAUUUAGCCUCUGGGUUAGGCAGUGUUCUUCCACUGGCUUCAUUAUUCAGAUUCAUGUCCAUCUGAAGGAAGGUGGAGGCCUAGAUGGACUGGAUUCACUGAAGAACAAACCCCAGCUCCACAGCAUGGUGGCUCGGAACCUCUGCCAGAAUGCAACAGGCAAAAACUACAUCAUCUUCACUGGGCCUAGCAUCACCAGCCUAACACUAUUUGAGGAGUUUGAAAAGCAAGGAAUUUACUGCUGUGGACUGCUCAGCUCCAGGAAGAGUGACUGUACUGGCCUACCAUUGUCCAUGCUCACAAAUUCCACCACCACGCCUGUCCGGGGCCAGCACUGGAUAAAGAUGAAGGGAAACAUGUCUCUGAUCUGCUGGUACAACAAAGGGCACUUUCGUUUCUUGACCAAUGCCUACUCACCUAUGCAAGAAGGAGUCAUCAUCAAGAGAAAGAACUUGGAGAUCCCCUGCCCUUUGGCUGUGGAGGCGUUUGCUGCUCACCUUAGCUACAUCUGCAGAUACGAUGACAAGUACAGCAAGUAUUUCAUUUCUCACAAGCCAAACAAGACCUGGCAGCAGGUAUUCUGGUUUGCCAUCAGCAUCGCCAUCAAUAAUGCCUAUAUCCUGUACAAAAUGUCAGAUGCCUACCAUGUGACGAGGUACAGUCGGGCACAAUUUGGUGAGAGACUUGUGAGAGAGCUUCUGGGCCUGGAGGACACCUCUCCAACCCACUGAUGCUGUAGCCUCAGGUCCCAAGCUUCGGAGAAGACCAGGUUGGAGGGGUGAGAAGAGGAAAGCCUACCAUAUGACCUGACAGCCAGAGCUCUGGAGAUGUCUGUUUGUGCCAUAGCCUAGGGCAUGCUCACAGUCUUUGCUGAGACUGGCUCAAGCAUGACUGCCAUGCUAGUUUCUACUCAAAGAAGAGAAAGAGGAUCAGGUUCAGUGUAAUGCCAGACAGUACUGUGAGCUCUCCUCAAGACACUUGCAGAGGCGCCCCAUGGAGCUCAGUUUCCGGCACACAGACUUGGGAAAGCUAAUACAACUGAAGGUGUCAGGGACAGCUGACACAGCAUGUUCUGCUGGAAAUACCUGCUUUAUAAUGAUGUGAAGACAUUUGAAACCUGGUUUGAUUUUUUACCUGUUUAGAAGCAAGCAGUUACUGAGGCAGUGUGAGUGUAUAUAAAACCAGAGAGUUUCCAACACUUGCCUCAUGUGCAGCUGAAGACAGGUGUCAGAACAGAAAAACAAAUUAGGUGCCAUUAACAUGAAGUGAUGAAAUGGGCAGGUUGUCUUUCAGAUUAAUAAAUGAGGCCUUCCUGCUCAUCUCAUCCCUUUAGCUGCUGGAUGGGGAAGAAAGGGAGAAAUGCUCACAGACUUGCAGUGCAGUGUGAUGCUCUUUUAUUUUUAAAUAUAUCUUCAGGUUAUUUUCUUACUGUUGCUUAAGAUCUUCUGUAAAAGGAAAAAGUCCCCUUCUUUUUGGACCCCUUACCCUCCUGCUUCAUCCCACUCAUUGCUCCUUGCAUGAUUCUGUUCUGUGUUCUGUGCCCUGCCCUUGCAAGGGCCAGAAAGUGGAACUUGUUUCCAGAACAAAUAUGAUUGUGCUCCACUCAUCUGUGGAAACCUGUGGUCCUUGAGCUUUGUCACCAGUGUUAAUAUUGGCAGAAUUACAUGUUUCAAAAAAUAUGUAGCACUGCUGCAACAAACAACAAGAGGGCUUUAUGUAUGAGCCCUUGCUAAUUCUCUUCCCUACAUGUGCAGUACCUGGUGGUAUUUUCCUGUCUCAGGCCACACACUGAAAUUGCUGACUGGCAUUGUUUGAACCCCACAAUGAGAGUGGGCUGACAUUUUAAGGGCUAGGUUUCCUGAGACAUCAGGGAGCUGAUCCCACUGGGCCCAACGAAUUCCAUGACCAGUACUUGGCAGCAAGGGCCCUGCUUAUUUCCCAAAACAUCUGGGGCUUUUCUGAAAGCAAGAUUUAAGUUAUGUGGGGACCACAGUCAGAGCAACAGUAGGUCUGGUGAUCAUCACGGAUAAGAAACAAGUGAUUUCUAGAAUGAACUACCUGCUUCAACCCAAUUUAUGUAGCCCCCUCACUUUUACAAACGCAACAUCUGUUUUACUCAGGCUUUGAGACUUUUCCCCUUGUUCACACUCAGUUAAUUAAAAGUGUUGCUGGCAGCAUGCUCCUGAACUCCAUGUCAUUUCUGAUAUCCUAAGUUCAUGAUUAGUUUCCUUGCCCUGUGGUUUUCCUUAAAUGCCACGGACUAUAGGCCAAAUCUUAGGUUGUUUUAAAAUACCUUUGCUGUUUCCUUUAAUUGGAGUGAAAGCACUUUGACCACAUGGAGAAAUAUAUUUUUAAUUUGUGAUGCUUUUCUACAAAGUUCACUAUUUCUAAGUUUAAUGUGUUCCCAAAACUUGGGGAGACACUAAUAAAAGCUAAUGAGUUUUCUUUUCUGUCCAGAUAAGUAAAAGAAACAAUAAAAGUCUAUUUAGAUGUUGA